AUGCGGACUUCUGGUAGAAUGAGCAAUGCAAAGAGCUGGCUUGGACUUGGCAUGUCCUUGUACUUCUGGGGACUGAUGGACCUUACCACCCCUGUUCUCUCGGGCACACCAACACCACCAGGCAAACUACAAGUGUUCCUGUCAGACAAGCCACAGUCACACCCACGGACAAAGAGGAGCUGGGUUUGGAACCAGUUUUUUGUUCUGGAAGAAUACACUGGAACUGACCCUUUGUAUGUCGGCAAGCUUCAUUCAGACAUGGACCGGGGAGAUGGCUCCAUCAAGUACAUCCUCUCGGGAGAAGGCGCAGGCGUUGUGUUUACCAUCGAUGACACCACUGGAGACAUCCACGCCAUUCAGAGGCUUGACCGGGAGGAAAGGGCCCAGUACACUCUCAGGGCUCAGGCCCUGGACAGGCGCACGGGCAGGCCAAUGGAGCCAGAGUCCGAGUUCAUCAUCAAAAUCCAAGAUAUCAAUGACAACGAGCCCAAGUUCCUGGACGGGCCUUAUGUCGCCACCGUGCCAGAGAUGUCACCAGUGGGGACUUCUGUGAUCCAGGUGACAGCCACCGACGCUGAUGACCCGACCUACGGCAACAGUGCCCGCGUGGUAUACAGCGUCCUGCAGGGCCAGCCGUAUUUCUCCGUGGACUCCAAAACAGGGGUCAUCAGGACCGCACUCAUGAACAUGGACCGAGAAGCCAAAGAGAACUACGAGGUGAUCGUCCAAGCCAAGGACAUGGGGGGGCAGCUCGGAGGACUAGCGGGGACCACGACUGUCAACAUCACCCUCUCAGAUGUCAACGAUAACCCGCCCCGCUUCCCCCAGAAACACUACCAGAUGAGCGUGUUGGAAUCAGCUCCGGUUAGCUCGACUGUGGGGAGGGUGUUUGCCAAGGACUUGGACGAAGGAAUCAACGCGGAGAUGAAGUACACGAUCGUGGAUGGGGACGGGGCAGACGCGUUCGACAUCAACACGGAUCCCAACUUCCAAGUGGGCAUCAUAACCGUGAAGAAGCCCCUGAGUUUUGAGAGAAAGAAAAGCUAUACCUUAAAAGUGGAGGGAGCCAACCCUCACCUCGAGAUGCGGUUUCUGAACCUGGGCCCAUUUCAAGACACAACCACGGUGCACAUCAGUGUGGAAGACGUGGAUGAGCCCCCUGUGUUUGACCCUGGCUUUUAUUUUGUGGAGGUACCUGAAGAUGUGGCGAUUGGGACAACCAUACAGAUCGUUUCUGCCAAGGACCCAGAUGUGACCAACAACUCAAUCAGAUAUUCCAUUGACAGAAGCAGUGAUCCUGGAAGAUUCUUCUAUGUGGACAUUACAACAGGUGCCCUAAUGACUGCAAGACCUCUUGACCGGGAGGAGUUUUCUUGGCAUAAUAUCACUGUCCUUGCUAUGGAAAUGAACAAUCCAUCCCAGGUUGGAAGUGUUCCUGUCACAAUCAAAGUCUUAGAUGUGAACGACAAUGCCCCAGAGUUCCCCCGAUUCUAUGAAGCUUUUGUCUGCGAGAAUGCCAAGGCAGGACAGCUGAUCCAGACCGUGAGCGCCGUGGACCAGGACGACCCGCGCAAUGGCCAGCACUUCUACUACAGCCUCGCUCCUGAGGCUGUGAACAACCCCAACUUCACCGUAAGGGACAACCAAGAUAACACCGCCCGGAUUCUGACCAGGAGGUCCGGCUUCCGGCAGCAGGACCAGAGUGUCUUCUACCUGCCCAUCCUGAUCUCGGACAGCGGGCAGCCGGUGCUCAGCAGCACGGGCACGCUGACCAUCCAGGUGUGCGGCUGUGACGACGAGGGCCACGUGCUGUCCUGCAGCCCCGAGGCCUACAUGCUCCCCGUGAGCCUCAGCCGCGGUGCACUCAUCGCCAUCCUGGCCUGCGUCUUCGUCCUCUUGGUGCUGGUGCUGCUCAUCCUCUCCCUGCGGAGGCACCGGAAGCAGCCCUACAUCCUCGACGACGAGAACAUCCACGAGAACAUCGUGCGCUACGACGACGAGGGCGGCGGCGAGGAGGACACCGAGGCCUUCGACAUCGCAGCCAUGUGGAACCCCCGCGAGGCGCAGGCGGCCGGCGCGCCCAAGACGCGGCAGGACAUGCUGCCCGAGAUCGAGAGCCUCUCGCGCCACGUGCCUCAGACGUGCGCCGUCAGCAGCACCGUGCACAGCUACGUGCUGGCCAAGCUCUACGAGGCCGACAUGGACCUGUGGGCCCCGCCCUUCGACUCCCUGCAGACCUACAUGUUCGAGGGCGACGGCUCGGUCGCCGGCUCGCUCAGCUCCCUGCAGUCGGCCACGUCGGACUCGGAGCAGAGCUUCGACUUCCUCACGGACUGGGGGCCCCGCUUCCGGAAGCUGGCGGAGCUCUACGGGGCGUCGGAGGGGCCCGCGCCCCUAUGGUGA